CAUUUUCACUCUCUUAUAACAAUACUCUCUCUCUAACCUGCGACUGUGAGCUCUCGCCAUGGAUCGCAGCAGCGCCUUAACAUUCGCAUUCAUCUGCAUUAUCGUCGCCGGCGUCGGUGGCCAAGCUCCGGCCGCCUCCCCCAAAUCUCCCUCCACUCCCGCCGCCCCGACUACCUCCCCCGCCGCCGCUCCCUCCAAGCCCAAGACUCCAUCCCCGGUUGCCACACCCGCUGCCACCCCAACCGCCACUCCACCCACCCCAGUCGCCGCUGCUCCAACUCCAGUAGCCACUCCCCCGGUUGCAGCUCCAGUCAGCUCACCACCUGCCAAAUCUCCACCCACCGCCGCCCCCACUCCCUCCGCCGUGCCUGUAGCUCCUGUCUCCCCUCCCGCCGUCGCACCCUCGGCCUCUGCUCCGGCUCCCAGCACUACAUCUGAAACUCCUGCAGCUGCUCCAGGCCCAGCUAUUGACAGCCCACCUGCACCGCCAUCUGAGGCCCCCGGAAUUAGCCCAGACUCCGCCAUGUCUCCCGGUCCUUCCGGUUCAGCCGCCGAUGAGAGUGGAGCAGAGAAGGUGCAAUACAAGGUGGUUGGAUCCAUUGCAUUGGGAUGUGGUGUGAUCAUGGCCUUGUUGUUCUAGAUGAUGAGGAAGAAGAGUAGAAGACGAGGAGGACACAGAGAUGAUGUUGUAAUGUUUGGUCCUCUAUUAUUUUAAUCUUUUGUUAACCUUGGCCUUGUCCUUGUCCUUGUCCAUUAUUACAGACCCCUUAGAGUUGGAUAUUUAAUUUUUACCAUUUGUUUUCCUCUAUUGAAUUAUUAUUAUUUUUACUGGCUCUCUCUCUCGCUC